AAAUAACAUCGCACGUGUUUACUGUCAAACUUCGCUUGACACAUUCGUGCACCGUCUGUUGUUGAAUAACACAAUCUCAGCAUGCUGAAGUGGUUUAACAUAACGCGCAGUCUGGCGCCUCUUGCGCCGCGCCCCGUACGAUGGUAUUCGGAUGCGGUUGUUGCCUCGACAUCGCAGGCGGCGGUAGAUCAGCCACCUCCGGUCGGCGUUCCGGAUAAGCUGUACAGCCGGGUGGAGCUGCAAAUGAAAGGAAUCGAUCCGGAGGUGAUGAAGAGCUACGCUUUGUACGCCAAAACUGCCGCCGAACAUCUUGACAUUGAAGUUGGCAAGCACUGGACGCUAAGAAAAGCGGUGAAGGACCGUCUGACGCUGCUGAAAUCGGUGCACAUCUAUAAGAAGCAUCGCGUGCAGUACGAGGUGCGAAACUACUACAGAUUCAUGCAUUUUCACAAGCUGACCGGCUCAACGCUGGACACGUUCCUGGAGUACAUCGAGCGCAACCUGCCGGAGGGUAUUGCGUUGAAGGUGACGAAGGUGGAGCUGCAGGAACUGCCGGAACAUUUGCGAAAGUAGGAGAGACGGGGCGUGGUGUGGUACGCGAAAAUUAGUGAUUAAAUUGAACAUUGCUGAAUAGGAAA